CAUUUGCUGGGACUGGGAGCGGCUAUGCACUCUGGCCAAACUAAGUGGACUGACUGAAGGGGGAAGAGACCGUGUCUACAGUGCAAAGGAACAGAGUGCCUGGAUAACAUUGAGGGAAAGGAUUUGAAUCCCUAUUUUUUUUAAAGAGGGUGAUUUUUUAAAAAUAAAAAUAAGCAGGUAAAUCAACAUAAUAAGAAGGAAUGAUGGCCUGUGGAGUUCAGAAGCUCCUGUGCCUUGUAGCUCUCACUGCCCUGCCAUCUGUCCAUCUCUCCACCUGAGCUAACUUAUCUGAGGAGAUCUUUGAUGAGUCCUUUGCAGAACUGGCUUCUGCCUGUAGUUAUUGCUCAGCAAGUUUCUCAAGAUUCUGCAGCGGUGCUAAAUGCAGAAUUGACCACUGAUCCAACAGAUGACUUAGGUGUGGCUGAUCCCAUGGAAACUGUAGCAGAUGAGCAAGAUGAUGGUGGACCAACAACAACACCUGAAUGUCGUGAAGAGCAGUUUCCUUGUACGCGGUUGUACUCUGUUCAUAAGCCGGUGAAGCAGUGUAUCAGCUACUUGUGUGUUACCAGCGUCCGUCGGGCUUACAUGAUAAACAAGGAGAUCUGCUCUCGUGUUGUCUGUAAAGAGGAUGAAGCCAUGCAGGAUGAGAUCUGCCGCCAACUGGCUGGCCUGCCACCACGCCGCCUGCGUCGUUCUGGUCAGCCUCGAGGACCACACUGCCAGCGGGCUCAGGACCAACAACAGAAUGCUAUUGAUGCUCAGUGACCAACAAAUUGUAGGCAUGAUAAAGCAGAGGGACUGAAAUCGUGGUGAACCUAAACAGUCCACAACCCAAUAUAAGUUUGCCUUCUUCCCCCAACUUUCUGUCUUGGGAGGUGCCCCAGUCUGUGGAGCUUCCUUGCCUGCAUGUCACUGGUGGCAACUAAUGUUACCUUUUGAGAUGUGAUACUAAGACCCUCUAUGCUCACACUUAGGAGUCACUCUUGCUCCACGCUGCUGAUAAAAGCCCUGUUUACACCUACUUAAUAUAUACAUACAUAUACAUAUACUCAUUCUGUGGAGCAGCGGAAUAAUGCCCAUCCUGCCCCCAUGUUUGCCCAUCCACAGCAAACAUGCCUACAGAUACUGACUGUAAUGUGCAUGCAAUAUGGAUGCACUUACAAUCCAACAUGCAUAGGUUCAAUAAAGCAUAGUUCUUACUCUGCAAAAUCAAGAAUUAAGGAUCCUGUAGUGCUGGGGUUCCGGAACUGUGUUCUGUGGACCACCAGUGGCCUGCAAGCAUCAUUCAAGUAGUCUGUGGUGUGUCUGUCUUAAAUAUUCAUAUUGAUUUUUAACUGUAUUUUUAUUGCUUUUUAUUUCAUAUAUUGUAUUAAACUGUAUUACAAUUUGAAUUCUAUGAAAUUCAAAUUGUAAUACAAUAAAAGAAAAGAAAUAAAAGAAGCAAUAAAAAUACGGUUAAAGAUCAGCAUGGCACCAGCCCAAUACGUGACAACUGCAGAAACAGGCAGGAAAACAAUUAAAUGGGCCACCAAGACCUCAGCAAUUUCCAAGUGGUCUAUGCGGGAAAAAGUUUGGGAAUCGCUGCUGCAGGGGACUCAGUGAGCAUAAAUGCCAGUGCACUCGUGUGUCUAGAUGUAGGGCGGGUGGAAUCCCACUGACCGAUCACAUGCUGAGUAAACAUCAGCCAUGUGCAAAGUAAGUAAACUCUCCUGGAGAUGAAGAUAGAGACACAACCUACCAACAUCUAGGAGUUGCUCAACUUAAUUUCUGGAUUGUUCUUGUAGUGGGAAGGAAGCUUCAGUCUUUGGCACACACCACUGAAACCCCCGUAAAGCAAACCACUGUUACGUAAUGGAAAUGAAAGUAAGCCAGUGCAGGCUGAGAGGCUGCAGAGGCCACACACUAGGAUUUCAUUGCACAUGACAGAACUGCAGAGGAAGAGCAGCAGUAGGAAUAAGUUCAUAUCCCUUUGUGUGACAGUGAUGGAUGGGCUUAUCCUAAUGGCUUACCAUGGAUGUAUCCAUACUUAGCUUUGUUCUCAGUAUGACUGCAUCAUGGCAGAACAUCAGCAGUAUCAUCUCUGCUCAUUGUGGCCUCCACUUAGCAGUCUUUUUAUUCCAUCCACAAUGUACACCUUGGGUCCCUGGGUGGCGGUGGGGUUAUUCCCUGAAACAAUUGACUAAUGGUUAUCAUACAACUCUUUUGGUGGAAAAGACAAGUGGGGAGGGGAGGAGACACUCUGGCACAAGUCUGUGCCAUGGUAGAGAGAAAUACCAUAGUUGUUACCAUCCAUACUGCAAGGUCAGGCAAAUGAUGGCAUUAGCUAAACCUUAAAGCAAGGUACAUUAACCCCAGAGAGAUAUCAGCCUUUCAGUGGUACUGGGCAGUCUCAGUGCUUGCUUAUACUAGCCGUGGACCUUCAUUACUGACACACGGUGAUCAGAAAUGGACAACAGUUUGAAAUGGCAUCACUGUCCAUGCCAUACGUGCUCAUUUAUUUUGUUUGAUUGCUGUCGAACUACAAGAUAGACAGUUGGGAGACAGAAACAGUAAGUCUACAUACCAUGAGUAAUGAAGGUGUUAUCAAAGGAACACGGAGAGUGUUUUAUCCUAAGUCUGUCUAGCUCUGUGUUGUCUGCCUACUCUGAUUGAUAGCAGUUUUCCAAGGUCUCAAGCAGACACUUUUUUCACCCCUGCUACUCUUUGAACAGGAGGUGUCAGGGAUUGAAUCUGGGAUCUUCCACAUGCAGAGCAUGUGCUCUUUCUCUCAGCUGUAGUCCCUCUCUAUACUUACAGAUAUUUGAAAAAGUCAAAGGGUGGCCAGGUCGGGCCCUGGCUGAGGGCCCCUGUGACCCAGAGGGGCCCCUGAGGGGGCCCUCAUUAGCAUGGGAGAGUAGCACUCCCCUGCCAAAGAUCGCAGGGACGGAGCUUCCAGGCUGCCCGCCUGUUCACUCGCUCCUCCUACCUCUCUCCUGUGUUCUGCUGCUGCAUGCGCUGUGCACACAGGGCUGCCAUCAACCAAGAUGGCAGCGGAGGCUUCUUUAAGGGGCUGAUGCCCCUGCCACCAUCAUGGUUGAUGGCAGCCCUGUGCGCACAUGUAGCAUACUGUGCAUGUGCACUAUCACCGAAGAUGGUGGCAGGGGCAUCAGCCCCUUAGAGAAGCCUCACUGCCAUUUGGGUUGCUGGCAGCCCUGUGUGCGCAGCGCGUGCAGCAGCAGAUCAGAGGAGAGAGGCAGGUGACACAGGCAGGAGCUAUGCACCUGGGGCAGGCUGGUGCCGGCCUUGGAAAAAGUCAUUGUUAUCUCCAGCCAAAGUAUGUCCCAAAGGAGAGCUGUUCAUUUACUUCUGUGGAACCUUUGCUAGAGCCCUUUAUCUCCCACAUAUAUUAAACAUGCCCACUGGGAUGGCACAUUCCUGAUCUGGCAGUGCCCGUUGAACUGAGUGCAAUAGGUAAGACACUUGGUUGAGUCUUAUGUGAACCUCUCCUCUCCUCCUUUCAUAAGAAACGUAAAAGUAUGACUAGAUCAGCUAAUAAUGGACUGGGUAACUGAUGUCUAAGCAGCUAGGAUCACAAUUAGGGAUGGGGUUCGCUGCAUGGUGGCGAUCCGCAUGCAUUUAGAUAGUCCGGUGUUUCUUUACCAGUCUAUCCUUUUUUUGUUUCCUCUUUCUCUGGCGCUUGCCAAUUUGAUCUGCUGCAUGCAUUUUUGGGUGAUUUGAUUUGCAGGUGUGUGUUUUUCAGGUUGCAAAAAUUAUGUAAUUGCUUUCGUAGAUGCUUAUGUAAAUGAAAGCAUUCCAGAUAGUUUUUUGGCAGCGGAGAAAAACUUUGCAUAAUUUUUAGGUUGCUUUAUGAUCUGGUUUAAUCAAUGAAUUCCCAGUUUAUUUAAAUUGUUUAAAAACUCUCACACUUAGACAGGGCACCAGGAGCCAUGACAAUGAUUGAACAUCAACAAGGGUCUCGUGAGGGGUGGCAACAGAAAGUUUAAAAAGUCAGAGAGUGCAGGAGAGGUGCAGGCAGGCAGGCAGCAGCAGCGCCCCACUGCACUGCUCUGACACUGUCUGUCACUGUCAGUCACACAGUGACACACGCACACAUACACAUUUAGCACAGAGAGAGCGAGAGAAAGCCCUUGGUUAGCUCAGGACAGCAGCAAUGAAAGAGGCAGGGGGCAGGGUGAUGUGGGGAGCGUGGGUCCGUUUCAUCAUCAUAAUGUUUCCCAUGCAAGAGAUUCAGAAUGCUCUGAGAUAUCUUGUUUGAAAAACAUGACAUUGCAGGAUGAUUAGACAAUUAACAUUAAAGACAUAUAUAGCCA